AUGGAGCAAUAUCCAGGGGAGGGCAACCAAAAUAGUGCAGGUUUUGAAACCUCCAAGCCCUCUGAGGAGUGGCGUAGGGAGCUAGGGAUGUUUAGCCCGGAGAAGAGAAGUUUGAGAGGUGGCAUGAUAGCCAUGUUUAAAUAUUCAAAGGGUGUCAUAGUGAGGAGGGAGCAAGCUUAUUUCUGAUGCUCCAGAGAGUAGGGCAUGGAACAGUGGGUUCAACGGGGAGUGUAUUGAUUGUGUUUCCCUGCAUGGCAGAAGGGGAUUGGACUGGAUGGCCCCUUGAUGUCUCUUCCAAGCUUAUGAUUCUAUUAUUCUAGGAUAUUGGGAAUCCUAAUAUAGCAAGAGAGGACAGGGCAACCAGACCGGUGCCCUUGUGGGGCACAGCAAAGAGAAUGCGGGAGUGACCUUGCCCCUUUGUGCAUUGUUAUCUGAAAGAGCCAAAGGGUCUUGCAACACCACUGUCACAAUUUAAACCAGUGGAGGAAAGGAAUGCAUUGCGGAGUUGACAAAGAUCUGUCCUGACUCAGAGGGAGAAGGAACGCCGGUCAGAGACCUCACCUGGAGGAGUCCUGUGUCCUCUUCUGGGCCCCAGAGUUCAAGGAGGAUUAUGGACAAGCUGGAACGCAUCCAGAGGAUAAAGUUGCCAAGAUGGUCAAAGGUCUGGAAACCAAGCCCUCUGAGAAACGCUCUGAGGUGGUGGCGCACCCAUGAGUGUGGCAGUCAUGUCGCACGAGAAGAGCUUCCUAGUGUCGGGCGAACCUUUCCCCGGACAGCAACCUCCUGCACCACCCGGCUACGCCCAGCCUCCCUACCCACCGGCCCCCUACCCGCAGCCCCCGUUCCAGCCUGUGGCCUAUGGCCAGCCUGGUUACCCACAGGGGCCCUAUCCGCAAGGUCCAUACCCAGCGGCUGGACCCUACCCACAAGGGCCCUACCCACAGGGGCCAUACCCGCAGGGGCCAUAUCCGCAGGGGCCGUACCCACAGGGGCCCUACGCUCAACCACAUCCAGGAGUCCCUCAGGACCCAAACUCGCCACUGCACAGCAACUACCAUGAGGAUGGGCCGCCCUCCUACUACGACAACGAGGACUUCCCCCCCACAAACUGGGAUGACAAGAACAUCCGCCAGGCCUUCAUCCGCAAGGUGUUCCUGGUGCUGACCAUCCAGCUGUCAGUCACCUUUGCCUUUGUGGCCAUCUUCACCUUCGUGAAAGGCGUGAAGGGCUUUGUGCGGAGAAACGUCUGGACGUACUAUGUCUCCUAUGCUGUCUUCUUCAUCUCCCUCAUCGUCCUCAGCUGCUGCGGGGAGUUCCGGCGCAAGCACCCCUGGAACCUUGUGGCCCUGUCCAUCCUGACAGUGAGCCUCUCUUACAUGGUGGGCAUGAUCGCCAGCUUCUAUGACACGGAGGCCGUCAUCAUGGCUGUGGGCAUCACUACAGUCGUCUGCUUCACGGUAGUCAUCUUCUCCCUGCAGACCAAGUACGACUUCACCUCGUGCCGAGGGGUGCUGAUCGUCUGCCUGAUGGUCCUCUUCAUCUUCGCCAUCCUCUGCAUCUUCAUCCGGAACCGCAUCAUGCAGAUCGUCUACGCCUCUCUGGGCGCCCUCCUCUUCACCUGUUUCCUGGCGGUGGACACCCAGAUGAUCCUGGGCAACAAGCAGCUGGCCCUCAGUCCCGAGGAAUACAUCUUUGCCGCCCUCAACCUCUACACAGACAUUAUUAACAUCUUCCUCUACAUCCUGGCCAUCAUCGGGCGGGCCAAGGACUAGCGCCAGAAAGGCGGGCGGGCGGUGGGUCAUGUGGCUCCCUCUUUUGGCAGCAGCGGCGCCGCCAUCGUCAUCAUCAUCAUCACUGUAGGGACCCUUCCUCACAAGACCCCCAUCUCUUUCUUAUCGUUGUGGUUCCCCUUCCUCUCCUUUUGCCCCCCCCCCCCCCCCCUUUUGGUUUUGUGUGUGAGACUGUGGGAGUGUGCAUGUGCGUGUGUGUGUUCUUGCCCACCUGAGGCAUUGCCCUUCUCUCCCCUCACAAGCUGGUGCUUUCUCAGGGAAGAGAAGGCUAUGGGGCAAAGGAAGGGGUGCAGGGGGGGAUUUCCCAAAGGGGAGGGUCAGUCUUUUGGGAGGGUGGUGGGCAGGAGGGAGUGGGGGAGGCUGGCCAUGGGGAGAUUUGGGGGGCUGUACAUAGGCUGCGCUUCUCUGUCACUCUCUCUUUCUCUCUUCUCCUCCAUUCCUCUUCCCACACAUUCCUUCUCUUUUGUAUUUUGAUCUGGAGAUGUUAAAUCUAGUUCUGAGGACUCUCCUCCUCCUCCCUUGGCAUGCCAACAUGCUACCUCCAUCUCCUCCUCUCUUUCUUCUUCACCCACCAAGGGGCCAAGGCUGAUUUUGGGGGGGGGGGUCUGCUCACAUUCGGUCUCCCACCCGUGACAGCCCCCCUUUAUUCUGCCCUUUCUGCCUGACAUCUCUCUCAGGGCUUUGCCUGUGUGUGUCUGGGGCUCCUUGUGGGCCCCCUUUCCCUUUCCUGAAUGCCGUCCGGAGGAGCUGGGUGCCUCUGCUCCCCUCGGUCCAGCUUGGGGGGGGGUGUUGUGUUUGUGAUGUGGGGCAGAGCGGAUCCUUCCUUGCUCUCUUUGCUGCGACCUUUUAUACCGAGAUGUGAAGACAUUUCCUGACCCCUUAUGUCACCUGGAGGGGGGCAGGUGGGCAGGCAGACAGGUGGGUAGGCGCUGCCCCCUUUCCCUACCCUUUCCCUCCCCCCACCCAUGGGGCUGGCUUGAGGGGGCCCUGCACAACUGCAUGCUGAGCAGCCACUACUACUACUACUACUGUGCCCCCAGGGCCAGCCUUUGCACUAAAGCUGUAUCAAUAGGAUGUCCUAAUAAAAAGUGGGAAUGUACCAGA